CCUUAUUAAAAAUAUCUAAAGAAUAUAGACUAGUUCAACUGAUGGAUUUUAAGAUUUAUCCAAUGACAGACAGCCAAGGACAUUGCCAACUGGAAGGCUGAAUUUUAAUUUUACAAAAUGAAUCAAGGCCCGAACUGGCCACCAUUAUGUAUCCUACCUCGGAGCUACUGGCACGCCUCGCCACCAUACAUCGAGGAGGCCCUGGAACACCCCAUCAAGUAUGUGUUCUGCAUGAACACACGCACCCUUCCUUGCCACAUUGAGAACCAGUGCAGCCAGGUGGUCAAGGGUCUGCAGGACGCACACCGGAGAAACCACUACCGGGAUAUCCGCUACAACUUCGUUAUAGCAGGAGACGGUAAUGUAUAUGAGGGAAGAGGAUGGAAAUGUCAGGGGAUUCUACCUGAGAAAUACAGAGAGUACAAUACCAAAGCGAUCAUCCUAGGCUUCAUUGGUCACUACACAGAGGUUGACCUCCCUGAAAUUAUGGUUCUCAGAAGAAACGAACUGGUAACAUAUGGUGUGAAGCAAAAAUACAUCGCAGAAGACUUCCAGCCCUAUGAAAUAUUUGAACGAAGGCCAAUGUAUGACACGUCAAUGUGAAGGACGAUGAUUCUAAAAAUCAUCUCAGUGCUAAAUUAUAAAGAUAAAUUUAUAAGGUUGAAAAAGACUGGUACACUAUAAUACAUAUGCUCUAUUGAAAAUAUAGCGUAAUUAUUUUUUACUUCUUCAAUGUAACAUUAAAGAAAAUGUUUAUGACUUUAAAUAUUGUAAUAAAAAAGUGUUAUCCAUUACAGUAAAGAUUAGUUUAGUUAUUUCUUUGAGAGUAGCCAAACCUGA